CAACGGCUUGAGCAUUGAAGACACCCAGCUUCCCAUACCUUCGCACACGCGACGCUCGCUCACUCUGCAUUGGCAAGUAGACUAAGAAAAGCACCGGAACCUCGACGUCGGCUGAGACUCAAUGGCCUGUACAAGUCCCAACCAGUGGACACUACCGUCGCCCACCACGAGCAGCAGUCGCAGCAGUCUGCAUCUGGUCAGCGACGACGUCGCACACGAGGAACAGGAGACCGACGACCACGAAAUGCUUGACCACGUUCGCCAGCUCAUCGUCGACUUGCUCGUAGACGACAGCCACAACUCUGUUGUCGAAGGCGUCAGAGGUACGAAGCAUCGCAGUAACAAUCCAGAGGACGAAGGUUCUGCGAGAGAGCGACUGCUCGAAGAGAAGCUCUCGCGCGUAUUAAUGGAGCUCGCUGGCGAGCAAGACAACUUGCGCUUAGCUGCUAAUGCCGGCAAUGCACUGCUCGAAGAGCUACGAACUGCACGCGAAGAGAUCGACUCCUUAAAUGACGAGCUGGAAGCUGUACAAGGCGACCGGGAUCGCUGCGUGAAAGACGCACAGCGUCUACGUGACCAAAACGCAGCACUCGAAACUGCGUUGCAGCGCUACGACCCGUACGGUGCCGCCUCUAACCACACACAGCUUCAGAGACGACCCUCACUUCCCUCACGCUCCGGCAGCUUCUGUCGUGCAGACUCGUGCGAGCGCUGUGCUUCACGUGAGGUCGAGAUGACGCAACUGGAACAGCGCGCUGACGAGCUCAGACGCCGCUGUUUAGAGCUGGAACUCGCGAGCGAGCGUGAACAACAGCGACAGCGAGAGAUGACAGAGCAGAUCGAGCAAUUACAUCAACGUAACAACGAGCACCUCGUUGAAACUACACGUGCUCAACAGGAUCUAGAGUCCGUAGCGAUACAGCUAGAACAACAAUCCCAAGAGGUAGAACGAGUACAAGCUGUACGAGACUCAUUGCGCCGCACUACGAGGCGUCUGGAAGCAGAGAAUGAAGAGCUUCGGGAGCGUCUAGCGGCACGUGAAGAGCUUGUAACUAAGCUAGAAAACAGUAAAGCACGAGCGGCUACACAACUACAAGUUGCGGAGAACCGCACAGCGAGUGCACAGGCCGAGACACAGCGCGUCACUGAAGCAUUGGAACAAUUACAGAAGCAACUGGAGAGAACACGAGGAAGUAGCGCUGGCCCGGUGGAAAAUGUUAAACAAACGGAAGACAUGGAGCAGCUAUUAGAAGACGCCUCACGUGAAGUUACUGCUCUUCGACUGGAGAACAGGAUCCUACGUCGUCAGAGUUCAGUAGAGACUGACAAGACGCGCGCAAGACGACGCAAGACUAUGUGUACGGGCACAUCUGCCACGACUGCAGCGGAUGUACUGGCACUUGAUAGGAGUUCUAGUAACAAAAGCGACAGCGGGAGUGAGAUCGAAUCCACGACGGUGCGUUCUCCAUUGCCACCGCUUGAGAUCGAAGGCUUGAGUGCGAAGACAGAGACUAAGGAGAAAAGGCGGCGGAAAAUGUCGUUGGAGUUGGAUUGGGUCGAUAAACAUGCUACGUCCAGUGUCGCGACAGUGGAAGAGAAGCCCAGGGCGCGUCCUACAGCGCUGUCGCGUCUGAGUCAUGUGAACGACCACUGUGUGAUUAGCGGGGCGAUUGAAGUCAAUAGCCCCGACGUAAUCGACGACAAACCCAUACCUCGUCUACCGAUCGAUGAACUCCGAAGAGAAGCUGCCGAGUCGCCUCCAAAGUCGCCACUGUACUUGGGUUUAUCGUUCAUCGCGUGUGCUACUGCGGCGACUGCAGCUGGGCUUCUAGUUCGACGGUAAGAGAUGAUAACACGUACAUCUUGGUCAUAUUUCGAGGCUAUUGUCGACGACGCUUGCCAUUGCCACGUCCUCGACUGGAGCUGGGACGUCCUGUGCCUCGUCCACUGUGAUGUACACUCACGCUUCCACGACUCAGACUAGCACUACUUGGACGACGUCGAUCAGUAGGACCCACCCUGGGGCGCUGUUCACGAGGGCUUAGUCUUGGCGCUACCAUCUGCACCUUCCGACCAGGAAGUACAGCAGGUCUCCUAUCCGGGCGACUACCGAUAGCUCGUCGCUUUAUCGCUUGCUUUCUGGCAAUUAAUGAGUGUUCGUAGUCAUCACUGUCGUCUUCAUAGCUGUAGUCAUCGUACUCUUGAUAGUCGGAAUCAUACUCCUCUUGAUGUCUACGAGGCUGUCGACGUACGAUUGGCCUCUUAGGAAUACGAGAGUAGGGUACGUCGUACGGUACUCGCUCUUCAUGAUAUUCGUCAUGGUCGUAGUCUUCAUGGUCAUAGUCGUGAUAUUCUUCAACGUACUCGCGUG